AUGUUUUGCAUCAAGACGAGUGUGGCAUAUUUUAAUUAUUUACGUUUCGUUUGUUUAUUUCCUCAACCAUCCUAUCGACGAUUGUUAGUCAUCAUUUUGAUUUCAUUUUUUAUAUCUAUCACAUGGGUCAGUGUCGCAGCUGGACUUAAUUCAAAUGCAUCAUACAACAUUACUCAAUUGUAUCCGUAUAAACUUUGUUGGUUUACUCGGGAUGUUAUUUACUACUUUCUAACCAUACCUGUUGGUGUCUUCCUUUUCUUGAAUAUCUUAACAUUCAUUCUUGUAGCUCACCGUAUAAUAAAUCAUGCUCGGCGUGCAACAUCACCUCAUCAAUUGUAUGAGCGAAUGAAACGAUGUGUACUCAUUCUACUUUUGUCAUCUGCAACACAAGGCAUUGGCUGGCUUUUUGGCCCAUUUCUGACGUUUAUUAGUUCAGAAGCCGGCAAUAUUUUAGGAUGGGUUUUUGUUAUUUUCAAUGGAUUGGAAGGUCUCUGGGUGAUUUUGUUGUAUAUAGUAAUUCGAUCGUUACGCAUGGAUAAACAAAAGCAUCGGGUUGCUGCUGAACACCUUACGAAAUCAACAGAACAAAUAUCUCAUAAAUAUGGAAAGUAUUUUGAGGGAGACAAUGAGAAUGAAGAUAUAGUAACAUGA